GAUGACUCAACCAUUGUCUCAUCGACUUGGCUUGAUGCUCAAGGUCAGAUCUUCAGCUGUUCCACAAACAAAGAGGGAAUCAUUACUGAUUUCCAGCCACCAUUCCAUCAUCCAGCUCACCUCUCCGCUCAGGUUACAUUUGGUCUUGGACAGUGUCACACCUCUGCAUCUGCUGCUGCUAUGUAUAGCGUGUGCUCUCAACAGAUACAGAGAGGAGAAUACUGUCUUUGGUAGUUCAACAAGUGGCGCAUGUGGUUGGAUUUCAAAACGGAUUGAACUGCUUUUAAUGAAUGAGUGUUUGCUAGGGCGCUGCAGCAGAAACUAAUGGCGGCCAGCAGCUGCCAGGCGUCCGGACAUGGUGAGGCAGCAGACAGGUUGAGGGUCAACGUCAACGGCAAUAUUUUCAGCGUGGACAGAACCGUCAUGGCAGACAACUGUGAGUACUUCAGAGCGUUGUUCCAGUCUGGAAUGAGAGAAUGCCAGCAGGAGGAGGUACAGCUGCGAAGCGUUGGCGUUCAGGGGUUCCUGGUGCUGCUGCAGGUGCUGCGGGGGGAGCGGCCCAUGCUCAACUGUGACCAGAUUGUUGAAUCUAUUGAAUGCACAGCUUUUCUCCAGGUACCAGCUCUCACCAAACACAUGAUGAACAUCAUCAGCUCUGAAAACUGUUUGCUUAUGUAUCACACAGCUGCUGUCUACGGGGUGUGGGAGCUGUCCCACCACUCGGCCUUAUUCAUCAGGGACAUGUAUGCUGAACUGAAGGAGGAUGUGCACACCUUACCCAGCCAGAUGGUGGAGUACGUGGAGUCUGUUUCCCCAAGCAGCUACAUGGCCGUGUGCAGCCACUCUCCAUCCUCAGAGCUGCUGCAUGAUGUCCAGAGAACGGUUUGCUAUCUAGACGAGGAACACAGGAAGUGGAGGACCCUCACUCAGCUGCCACUGAGCACCAGCACCACCAUGGCAGGGGUGGCUGUCCUUGACAACAAACUGUACAUCAUUGGAGGAGUGCAUGAUGUCAGUAAGAGGGUUGUGGAGGUCGGGUUCUGCUACAACCCUACAGAUGACACUUGGUCUACAGUCUGUGGUCCCCAGCAGCUGCGCUACAGCUUCACACUGAUUGGUCAUGAGGGAUGUCUCUAUGCCUUAGGGGGGAAGUUCAACAUGAAGGAUCUGUCAUCGGUGGAGAGACUUCGGACGUCUGAGGGGAGCUGGGGCUUCGUCUCGGCCCUGCCCUGCCAGGCAGCGUCUGUGGUGUCGGCUGUAGCCAUGAACAGGAUCUUCAUCUGUCUCUGGAGAGGGAAGGGGGCCACGGAGGUCCAUGAGUACAUCCCGGAGGACGACCGCUGGCUUUUGGUCACAACGCUCAUCCGCCAGCAGAGCUAUGGACUUUACAUGGUGGGCCACAGGGAUAAUCUGUACAUGAUGCGGAAUGGACCAGGUGAGGACUUCUUGCUUUGCGUGAUGGACUGCUACAACCUGACCUCAGAUCAGUGGACGGCCAUGCCCGGUCACUAUGGCAACAGCAAAGGCUCUCUGUUCACCGCUGUGGUCAGGGGCGAUUCAGUGUUCACCCUUAGUAGACAUGUUACCACUGAGUACACGGUGGAGAAGACCCAGUGGAGGCGAAAGCUUGAGAUGGAAGGUUUCGGUCGGGUUGGAUCCAUCUACACAUUCCAGAUGAGGCUUCCUAAGCACACCGUCUCUCUCAGGGAUAGAUGUUUGGAUCAAACUUCAGAAGGAAGCUUUAGAGACAAACAUAUUGUUCCCACCCUGCCUUUACAGUGCUCAUAUAACUUCUGAAGGGAAAUUCUGACGUUGGCUUUUGUGGAGCACUAAUAAGAAGUCAGUAUCUUCCCCAUAGAAGUGACAAACUUGUUGGAGCAGGAUUGUUCCAGAGUAGUAUGAUGUUAAACAAGGAUCGCAAAAUGGAAUUUUUUCAUCAAGUGGAGUCAAAGAAAUUUUUGAUGGAAAAACAGUUCAAUAAUAUCUGAAGCAUGUUGAUAGUUUAAGUUUUCACAUCACAUUUUUGAAUAAGGUGCUUAGUCUUGUUAGUUACACUGAACACAAGAAUGUUUCACAUGGAACAUUUUAGCUUUGUGAUAAACCAUUUCUGAUCUAUGUAAAGAUCAUCAUUCCACAGAGAGGAAAGUUAUUCAUGAGUGGAAAGCAACCCAGAUUUCAGUCUCCACAGGAGUGGACAUCCCAGUAAAUUCCACAAGCAGUCAACACUAAGACAAAAAAAAAAAACAAAAAGAACAAGAAGUCUAUUUCAGACUGCAGGUAUUAGAUAAUAUAUUAAAUUAUAUUAAUGUUCAUAGCUGAACAAUGAGAAAAAGUCUGAACUAAUGUGGUAGAUGAUCACUGAAUUUUGUGUGUUGGGUACUUUCUCCAGUCACAGCUUAAAAUGUGUUGUGUUGAGUUCAGUUUUAUGUCAUGUUAUAACGUUAUUCCCUCAUCAAAAACAUACUUGGGGUGUUGCUUUGAUUCCUUUAUGCAUGUUUGAGAAAUCCUUGAAUCUCCCCUGGCAACCAGUAGGGAUGCCUAAACGCCAGCCUCCCAGAGAAGCCCUCACUUUUCUGUCUGUUAAAAUAAACAACAUUUUAUUUCUUCAGGUAUUUAUUUUGUAUAAAUACAUGAUUUACUAUAUAAGCAUGAAAAUAAAGAAGUCAUUAAAUUUAAUCAGAAGAUGCAGUUUUUUAUAUUGGAACAUGCUUUUGUUGUGAUUCUAAAUUACAGUAAAGAUGAAAGCAUUUAGAGCAAUUUGGGAAUUUACACUCUGUGAGCACACCAUCCAGCACAGACAGCCUUGAUAAAAAGAAAGUACACCCUGCUUCAAUGUUUGGAUUUUCCAUGUCAGAGCAUAUGACAGAUAUCUGGUAUUUAUCAGGUUAAAAAAUGAUUCAGAUCUAAAUGUGGAACAGGUUCUGCACUGUUAUAUAUUACACAAAGAAGUAAAAAUGGAAAAGUUGA